AUGGCACUUGCGCUCCAUCUGACGUGGACACAUCCAAACCGUGGAUGCAUUCGAGUCAAGCCUCGCUGGCAAUUGCAAAUAUUUACAAUCCAAACCAGCCCUCUUUCUCUCUUCCUGUGCCUCUGCCCCGCCCCCUUCAUCCCUCUAUGUGAUUCGGAGAAUUGCGUCGUCGGCGAUCGGGCGUGUGCAAUCGGCGAAGUGCCGGUGACGGGGUCCAAGGGCCUUGCCGGGGAGGUAAGAUUUUCUUGA